AAGAUGUUUAUGCAUAUUAAAAGGUAUUGUAAUGUGUUGAAAUACACAAAUACAUAGAGAAAGAGAAAAAAAGAGAUGCGCAUAUAUUUUAUCACAUUGUCUUUUAUUUAAAUUGAAAAUAAAUUACUGAUAAUUCGAAGAGAAAAGUUUGUCAUGUAUUAUACAGGACCUUUCCUUUAACUCGCGAUAUUAAAAUAUCUAAUGAGGGACUGAAUCUAUCAAAAAGAUGUUUUUGCAAAUGUUUGAUAUGAAGAGGGAUAUCAUAUGGUACAAAUAAUUCUUUUACAAAUCGAAUGGUGGAAGAAAUUUCAAAUUCAAAUUCUUUUUUUUCAAAUGGAAUCAUAUAUUUUUCUUUUUAUAGUAAAAUGCUAUUUUUUGAAAAAAAUUUAACAAACUAUAAUACUAUGAACUUCACGUGAACUUCAGUGAAAAAAAAUUCGCGAAAUGUGAGCAAUUAAUGCAGAAUAAAAUAAUCAUUGAAUCACUUUUUGUUGAUAACAGUUUGAAUGGUCAAAAAUAUCCAAUAGAAUUUAUCAUUUUAAUUUUUUUAAAUAAAAUAUAAUCAUCCGUUAAUCUGAAUUGUAAGAAUAUAUGCGACAUGUUGAAUUAUUUGUUAGGAACAGUUAAGGUCCAGUCACAUUUGAAGACUUUAUUCGCUACUAUUGUGUGACAAAUUAGUUCCCGUUAUUAUUUCAAGUAACGGUUAUAAACGCACGCGACAAUUUGAAUUAAACAUUCAAUUCUACUUGCUAGGAAUAUGUUAUUUUAGUGGUCAUGUGACUUACCGUGAAAAAUUUCUGUAAUAUUGCAUGUGAUAAGUCAAUCGUGUCAUCGUUUCUACUUAGCACGUGCUACAACUUGUAUUGAGAUUAUAUUAUUAUAUGUAGUUUUUUGUUUAUCAUGACUGAUGAAAUGAAGCGACUCGAAGCUGCAGAUCUCAUCACUAGCAAUUAUAUGUGACAAGUUAAUAGUAUUUGAUGUGGUGAUUUAGUUGUUGCUUCUAGUAGCAACAAGUAAAAUAACCACGUGUAACAGGACCUUCUGGAAAGAACCUGAGAGCUCCUGAAGAUCUUGGAAAGAAGCAUGCGGUAAUCGCAGUCAUAGAGGGCGGUUAUUUAUGAAGCGAAUUAUGUUAUGCAAAAAUAAUACACUUAUAUGUUUGUAUGCAUACUGUUGACUAAUCGUCGGUGACCAGAUCGACAAACAAUAAGAAAACCAGGCGAUCAAAUUGGUCACCGGGACCAAUGAAGUACAUUGAAUCAAAUGCACUCAUUUGUAUCACAAACAAAUUUUUUGAAGAUCAGACACUGACAAAUGUGUUCAAGGGGUCCAAGGUGACCUUCCUCACUACGUAUACUUAAAUUCGCCAUUAAAACUAGAUUUUAUGAUACGGACAAAUUCGAGUUGCAGAGUUUGAUUGCCGAAUUUGAUCGCCUGGUCUUUUGUGACUGAUUGCUGGCAAUCUGUUUGCCGUCGAUUGAUCAAUAAUGCGCACACAGUUUGAGUCAUGUUUUUUUUUUUUUUAAAUUUAUUGCUUUUACUAUACUUUUGUAUAGAUAUGUACAUCUAUAUAAACUAAAUUCAAUAUUUUGAUCAAUUUAUACGUCCACGACUUUACUACAAAAGAAAAUUUUUCGACUGAAAUUGAAGAUCAAGGCAGUCUAUAUUUGGUUCUAAAAUUUUGUAAUACUGUGUACUGUUUCUUUGCAAGUUAGUAGUAUUGCAAUGUAAUUACAAUUAAAUACAGAUUUGAACUUUAAUAUGAAUAUGAAUAGUAAUAAUUAAUUAUUAACAUGGGCCGAGAUGUUGCAAAUAUCGAGAACUGCUUUAUAUCAUUAAUCUGCGCAUUCUUUACAUCAUUAUUGAUGGUAAUACGCAAAGUAAGCACAAGGUUAGCGUACAAUAAGUGCAAAAUAAACGCAGAAUUCGUAGUAUAGACUAUAAGGUAAAAAUAGAAUGAGGGUAUAAAGUAUAAAAUGAGGGUGUAAAAAAACGCAGAAUAUAAGAUAUAAGAUAAGUGCAGACUGAUAAUGUAAUGUAAGUGCAGAAUAAUGAUAUAAGGAAUGGGCAAUAUAAUGAUAUAAGGGAUGCAUAGAAUAAUAAUGUAAGGAAUAUGCGAGUAUAAUGCGAGCAUGAGAGUAUGCGAAUAUAAUAUUGAACAUUUUUGACCAUUCAAACUGCUAUCGAUAAGAAGUUCAACAAUUAUUUCAAUUUGCAUCAAUUGUUCAAAUUUUGGGAAUUUUGUUGCACUCAGUUAUAAUAUUAUAGUUCGUUGAAUAUGUUUCAACAAUUGUCAUCAUAUUAUGAAAAGAAAAAUAUAUGGUUUCAUUUAAAAGAAUGUAUCUGACUUUGAAAUUUCGUCCACUACUCGAUCUAUAAAAAAAUUAUUUGCACCAUAUGAUAUCCUCCUUCAUGCUAAAGAAUAUUUGUAAAAACUUUUUUGUAUAGAUUAUGUCGCUCACGAAAUAUUCUAACAUUAAAAGUUAAAGGAAACAUCCUGUAUAAUACGUACAUAUUAUGCAUAUACAAGCAUAUAUGUGUUACUUUAUUUUAGAAUAUCAAUUUCAUCCUAUCGAAAUAUUUUUCCACCCAAGCAACCUUGUGGAUAAAAUGGAGAGACAAAUGCGUGAGUUUUCAUAAGAGCAUAGCCAGAUCCCAGCUAAUACUCACACGCAUUGGUUCGACCAUCUGCCAUUAUCAUUUCGCUAACUGACUUAGUAGCUUCGUUUUCGCGACUACACAUGGUCCGAUACGAACAUAGUGUGGUGUUUAAUUUUUAAAAAAAAUAAUUCAGGUGUUAUUGAAAUAUAUCUACUGGUUUUUAAUAAAUCUAGUCGAUAGUCUUAAUGGACGGGUUCGUAUAAUAAUUAACGUAUUUUGUGUUAAGGUAUGAUUUAUCAACAAUUUAUUUUCAUUUUUUACAGACCGUUUAAUCAUACCAUAAUUCAGCGAUUAAUAUUAAUUCAAUUUAUUAUUACUAUUUUUACGUGUGUCUACGUUAAAGCCGGAAAUUAUCAUAACGAAUGGGUUUUGCGAAUAACUGGUGGAGCUGAUGUAGCGUCUCUAUUGGCAAAACAAUUCGAUUAUACUUAUCUUGGUCCGGUUCUUGGAUUUGAAGACACAUAUAUAUGGAUUAAGAACGAUAAACCAGGUCAAAAGAAGAGAGGCUACGUCUCGUCAAUGGCAACCUUUAAUUCGAGCUCUAGGAUCAGUUGGGUCGAGCAGCAGAAAUUCGUACGUCGAGAGAAACGUGACUACGUAUCUCCAUUGAUAUUUGAUUCAGAGAAACCUUUGAGACGAGAAAAGCGUCUCCUAUGGAGUUUAUAUGGAAUAUCAUCGAAUACGAUCGAGAACGACAAGAGAAAAUAUCUACCUAUUUAUUUGACGGAUACAUAUAAUUUAAAUCGCAAAGCAUUAUUUAAUGACGAGCUUUGGGAUUUGGAAUGGUAUUUGCAAGAUACUAGAACGAGUAAGAAACUUCCGAAAUUAGAUCUCAAUGUGUUGCCUGUUUAUAAGUUGGGAGUGACUGGACGUGGAGUGAGAAUCGCCGUUUUAGACGAUGGCCUGGAACAUGAUCAUGAUGAUUUACGUAAUAAUUAUGAUCCGGAUAUCAGUUACAACGUGAACGAAGGUAGCAACGAUCCAAUGCCACGAUACGAAGCUACUGGAGCGAACGCCCACGGAACAAGAUGUGCCGGUGAAAUAGCAAUGGAAGCAAAUAAUGGAAAGUGUGGAGUUGGUGUGGCUUUCGAAGCGUCCAUAGGUGGAAUUAAAUUACUCGAUGGUUUUGUGAACGAUCGAGUCGAGGGUGAAGCACUUGGAUUCAAACCGGAAAUCGUUGAUAUCUAUACGGCUUCCUGGGGACCACCAGACGAUGGAAAAAGUUUGGAAGCUCCUGGAAGACUCGCAAGAGAAGCGAUCGAUCGUGGUAUCAAUAAGGGAAGAAAUGGUAAAGGUAGUAUAUACGUAUGGGCGUCGGGUAAUGGUGGAUCAAACUAUGAUAAUUGCGGAUGUGAUGGUUACGUUGGUAGUAUAUAUACCGUGGCGAUUGGAUCGGCAAGUCAAACUGGUCGAUCUCCUUGGUACAGUGAAAAGUGUCCUGCGAUAUUAGCGACCACGUAUAGCAGUGGAGCGUAUCAAGAUCAAAUGAUCGCGACGACUGAUCUACGAAACACUUGUACAACUAAACACACUGGUACUUCUGCUUCUGCACCCUUGGCAGCUGGAAUAUUAGCUCUUGCUCUUCAAGCGAACAAAAAUUUGACAUGGAGGGACAUUCAACAUUUGAUCGUUUGGACAUCUGAGUAUAAAUCAUUAAAUGAAAAUCCUGGAUGGUUGAAGAACGCAGCAGGAUUUUGGUAUAAUUUACAUUUCGGUUUUGGUCUUAUGAAUGCGUACGCCCUCGUAAAUUUUGCACGUAAUUGGACGAACGUGCCGGAGAAAAACAUAUGCGAAGUCCCCAUGGAAUUCGUAUUGGAUAGGAGACUGACUCACGGAGUGAUUAAAACAUUAUAUUUUGAGGCAAACACCAAAUGUUCGAGUAGCGGAAAUGAGAUAGCUUUUUUAGAGCAUGUCGAGAUCGAGAUGAAUCUCGAAUAUUCUCGUCGUGGUGUUUUGGAAAUGUAUUUAAUUGCGCCAUCAGGUACGAAAGUACAAUUAUUGAGUCCGAGACAAUUGGAUGAUUCUUCUGAAGGUUUCGACAAAUGGAAAUUCAUGUCCGUGGCUUCUUGGGGUGAAAAUCCUCAUGGUACUUGGAUCCUACACAUAUUCGAUAAGAUUGGCUCAACUAGAUACAAUGGUACAAUCGGGGAAUUGAAAUUAAUUCUUCACGGCACAAAAUGGCUGCCGUAUUAUCGAAAAUACGAGUCGAGAAUUUACGAUCGUGAAUACAAUUGCAAAUCGAAAGCCAUGAAUAAAAAGAGUGCUUUUCAAGCGAACAACGAAAAAGAAGAAAGAAAAAAAGCAAACCUGUGGUAGAACAAAAACUACGUCGGCUCUUUAUACUCGAUCUUUAGAACAGAAGUCGAUCGAACGUUUGACCGAAUUAAAUUUAAAUCCACGUUUCUCAUCCCUUCUUUCGUUCUCUUGGAGAAUUUAUAUCUCUGAUGAAGUAGAAAAGGACGCAUUGAUAUUCGUUUAAAUGAAUCAUAAAGCUGAAUAUACGAAAAAGAAAUUAUUUAAUUAGAAUAAAGAAAUAAAAACGAAAAGAAGAUAAAAAAGAAGAAGAAAAGAAAAAUUGUCUCUUAGAAUAAGAAAUGUAAUCGUUUUUUUAAAUACAUCGUAAUUCUCAAAACA